AUGGAGGAAUACAUAGACUAUAACAAUUUACUCUCACAUCCCCUUGUUUUAAAUGACAAUGAAUCCAUUAUUCAUAAUCAAUUCACACAAUUUCUAAACAUUUUAAAUUUUAACAAUAAUAAUAAUAAUAAUAAUAAUAAUAAUAAUAAUAAUAAUAAUAAUCAUAAUGAAACGAGUAAUGGUUGCAAUACCAAUUUCAAUAAUGGUUCAACAACAGCUCCUAUUUCCUCUCCUCUUUCAUCAUCAUCAGAUGAUUCAUUUACUUUUUCUUCAUUUCCUCAUAUUAAUGGUCAAUCUAAAUACCACAACUUGCCAGUAGAUUAUGAUAUUGGAUCUUUUAUUUCUUGUCAAAAGUUGGACAAGAUAAGCAAUUCACUAUUCACACAACCACUACAACUAUUGACUAGUUACUAUAAUAGAGAAAUUCAAUCACUACAACAACAAUAUUCACAACGUAUCUCCAAUCUUGAUAUAAUUUUAACUCAAAUUUCAAAAUUGAGACCAAUAAGUGAUAAUGAAAAGAGAGUAAAAUAUUUACAAAUGGAAUCAUACUUUAAUCUCAUGAAAUGUUUUCAAAAGAGUAAUUGCUGUGAAAUCAUAUUAUCUCUCCAAAAGAAUGUAAUCGCCAGUAGUUGCAGACACCGAAGAAAACUAUCAAAAGUCCAAGAGAAACAGCUCAAAGAUUGGUAUUUAUGUCAUCAAAUGGUUCCAUAUCCAGAUGAAGAAGAAAAAUCCGUCUUGGCAUCACAAACUAAUAUUUCAAGAUCACAGUUGGACAAUUGGUUUGGUAAUCGAAGAAUGAGAGACAAGGCAAAAAAAGAUUCAACAGUUAAAAAUAAUAAUACUAUUAUCAACAACAAUGACAACGACAACAACAACAACAACAAUGAAAAUAGCGAUGAAGAUGAUGGUAGAGGUGACCAACUAUGUUUCUUAUCAACAAUACUGACAUUGUCUAAAUCUACAACCCCAACAUCAAUGUUUGACGAGGAAUUUGAACAAGAUGAGGAAUAUUUUGACUUUGAAGAAGAAGAAGAAGAAGAAAGGGAGUGUAAUGAUUAUAAACUCGAUGAUCAAGAAUAA